AUGGCGACGGCCGCCGUCGUGGCAGCGGUAGCUGCUUUUGCACCUCUAGUGCAGGCUAUGCAGCCAAAUGCCGUGCCUCCUCUGCCGGCACCAAUGCGGCCGCUGCAAUGGGGCCAAAUAAACUUCCUCCACACGACGCGCGCUGACAAGGAGGGUGUGGACUUACUGCUAGUCGACACGGGCGACCGUGUGGAGGGCAACGGACUCUACGACGCGUCGACACCAAAGGGCCAGUAUACAUACGACAUCUUCCGGCAGCAGGACAUUGAUAUCAUCUGCUCCGGCAACCAUGAGCUCUACCAGGCUGACACCGCCGAUCGCGAACACCACCAGACCGUGCCCAACUUUGCCGGCCACUACCUCGCUUCCAAUCUCGACUACAUUGAUCCCAAGACGGGCAAGCAGGUGCCCAUGUCCGAGCAGCGGUACCGCACCUUCCAGACCAAGCACCAGAAGCUGAACAUUGUGGCUUUUGGCUUCCUCUUCAACUUUACGGCCAACGCCGCCAACUCGGUGGUGCAGCCCGUGCAAAAGACGAUGCAGGAGCCGUGGUUCAAGCACGCCAUCACCAAAGAGCCGGCAGACUUGUUUGUCGUCAUUGGCCACGUUGGUGCGCGCAUGGCCGAGCUGCGCGUCAUCUACGACGCCAUCCGUGCCGCGAACGCACACACGCCCAUUGCCAUCUUUGCGGGACAUGCGCACGUCCGCGACGCCGUCCGCUUUGACGACCGCGCCGUAGCCAUUGCCAGCGGGCGCUACUUGGAGACCAUUGGCUGGAUGUCGGUUACCGGCGUCAAAGCGGAAGCACCGGCCCCCGUCACGUUUGCUCGUCGAUACAUUGACAACAACCUUCUCGGCCUCUACUACCACAGCGGCACCAACGCCACCACCUUCCCGACCGACCACGGCCUGAACGUGACGGCCACCAUUGCCGCCGCCCGCUCGGACCUGGAUCUCGAGACCCCCUACGGCUGCGCCCCCCAGAACUACUGGCUGCAGCGCCGCCCGCACGACGACCCGGCAAGUGUGUUUUCCCUGCUGCGGAAGCACGUCCUGCCUGAGGCGAUUGUGCGUCCCGACCGCGCCGACGUGCCGCGCCUGGUUCUCAUCAAUACGGGGGCCAUGCGCUUUGACAUUUUCCGUGGCGCGUUCACGCGCGACACAACGUUUAUUGUGUCGCCCUUUAUCAGCCUGGUGCGCUACAUCCCCGACGUCCCGUAUGCACUGGCACGGCAGGUCCUGCCGAUUCUGAACCGGUUUGGCCCGAUCCUGAGCGCCAUGGCUGCCGAGACUCGCGCGGCGGGUGUGACGAACGAGUCUGAGGCUUGGGCCGGUGUCACGGACUGGCGGGAAAUGGGUGUUCCGGAGGCGUACUCCUUGAGAGAAGAAGACAACGCCCGCGUCGUCGGCGCUGGUGGUGGCAUCAAGGACAGCGGCCACGACGCCGCCCAGCAGAAGCCAUUGUUUGGCCGCUGGGCAGAGACCACCGCUGCGAGCGGGAGCCGCUCGGACGAUGAUGCGUCCCGUCCGCCCCUGGUCGCCGGCUACACGACCUGGGACGAUUUCGGCUUCGACGGCGACGAUGCAGUCCACGAGCCGCUGCCGCAUUUCCGGCUGCCCAACUGCAUCCAAGCCGAGGCCAGCUUCCCCAAGGCGGCGACAGGGACCGAAGAGGUGGCCGAACCCGCGACGGUCGACUUUGUCUUUUUCGACUUUAUCCAGCGCUUUGUGCUACAGGCCCUUGCCUAUGCAAAACAAAGUGCAGGUGGUGUGGCGCCGGACGGCACACCGUACAAGCACUACACGGACGCAGACGUCGAGGCCUAUCUCGAGAACAAGUUCACCGACUACUUUGCCGACUGGGUGAAGCGCAACUGGGGUGACGAAUGCACUUGA